AUGAGCGGCUCGAAGGCGAGGGUGGCGGCGCCGGAGAAGAAGCCGCCGCCAGCGGCUGGGGGUCCGCUUAGCCGCCUGCGGGGGCGGCGCGGCUCGGCCGACGCGGCGCCGCGGCCACCGUGGACCGAGUCUGAGUUGCUGGCGCUGGACACGGUCCGGCCCGAGCACGUCUUGGGGCUGUGCCGGGUGACGGAGAAUUAUUUAUGCAAACCCGAGGACAACAUUUACAACAUUGACUUCACCAGGUUUAAGAUCCGGGACCUUGAAACUGGCACUGUGCUGUUUGAAAUUGCAAAGCCAUCUGCCCCAGAGCAAGAGGAAGAGGGUGAGGAUGACAGCCGUGAGCUGGACGCUAGUGCAGGCCGCUUUGUUCGCUACCAGUUCACCCCAGCUUUUCUCCGCCUGCGGACUGUGGGUGCAACGGUGGAGUUCACAGUGGGAGAAAAACCAGUGUCAAACUUCCGAAUGAUCGAGAGGCAUUACUUCCGAGAUCGCUUGCUGAAGAACUUUGACUUUGACUUUGGCUUCUGCAUCCCCAGCAGCAGGAACACCUGUGAGCACAUUUACGAAUUCCCUCAGCUCUCAGAAGACCUCAUCCGCCUGAUGGUCGCCAACCCCUACGAGACGCGCUCGGACAGCUUCUACUUCGUGGACAACAAGCUGAUCAUGCACAACAAGGCCGACUAUGCUUACAACGGAGGGCAGUAA